AUGCCCAAAAUCUUCAAUUCUUCAAAACUUACGACUUUGUUUUGCUUUCAAUCAAGACUCAUAUCAACCAUCCCUGCCCCAACCAACCAACACAUUACCCAUCUCAUAUUAGAACAAAAAUCAGCAAGUCAAGCCCUCCAGAUCUUCAGAUGGGCGUCCAAACUUCCCAGUUUCAUCCACUCUCAAUCCACCUACAGGGCUUUGAUACAUAAGCUCUGUACUUUUCGUCAAUUUGAGACCGUCAAAGAACUGCUCGACGAAAUGCCCAGCUCGAUUGGUUCACCCCCGGAUGAAGAAAUUUUCGUCACAAUGGUCCGUGGUUUGGGCCGGGCUCGAAUGAUUCGAGAAGUGACCAAAGUUCUUGACGUGGUUUCCAAGUUUGAAAAGAACCCAUCUUUGAAACUCUUCAAUUCAAUACUUGAUGUUCUUGUUAAGGAAGAUAUUGACUUGGCAAGAAAAUUUUAUCGGGAGAAGAUGAUGAAAGGUGGUGUUCUAGGUGAUGAUUAUACUUAUGGUAUUUUAAUGAAAGGACUUUGCUUGACUAAUAGAAUUGGUGAUGGUUUUAAGCUUUUGCAAGUAAUGAAGACGCGGGGUGUAACGCCGAAUGCUGUUUUAUACAACACAUUGAUCCAUGCUCUUUGCAAGAGUGGGAAACUUGGGAUUGGGCGAGCUAGAAGCUUGAUGAAUGAAAUGGUGGAACCCAAUGACGUCACCUUUAACAUUUUGAUAUCAGCUUAUUGUCGAGAAGAGAAUUUAGUGCAAGCUCUUGUGAUAUUAGAGAAAUGCUUUAGUACUGCUUUUGUUCCUGAUGUUGUUGCAGUGACUAAGAUGGUGGAAAUUCUUUGCAAUGCUGGUCGUGUUGCCGAGGCUGUUGAUAUUUUAGAAAGAAUAGAGAACAGAGGAGGUAAAUUGGAUGUUGUGGCAUAUAAUACCCUGAUAAAGGGGUUUUGUAGCUUAGGGAAAGUGAAGGUUGGAUGUAGAUUUUUAAAGGAGAUGGAGAGAAAGGGCUGCCUUCCAAAUGUGGACACUUAUAAUGUGCUGAUUUCUAGUUUCUGUGCCUGUGGGAUUUUGGAUUCAGCUCUUGAUUUGUUUAAUGAAAUGAAAAUGAUUGGGAUUAAUUGCAACUUCGUCACAUAUGAUACGUUAAUCCGUGGCUUGUGCGCAGGAGAAAAGAUGGAAGAGGGCUUUAAGAUCUUGGAAUUAAUGGAGGAAGUUAAGGGGGGUUCUGCCGGUCAUAUAAGUCCCUAUAAUAGUAUCAUAUAUGGUCUGUAUAAAGAAAACCGUUUGGAUGAAGCUCUCAAAUUUCUGACUAAGCUGGAGAAAUUAUUUCCUAAAGCUGUUGACAGGAACUUAAAGAUACUAGGUUUCUGUGAGGAGGGUAGUGUUGAGGAUGCCAAGAGAGUUUAUGAUCAGAUGACUAAGGAAGGAGGUUUUCCUAGUGCUCUCGUUUAUGUCAGUUUGAUUCAUGAGUAUUGCCAAGAAGGGAGUGUGAAAGAAGCAUUUGAGAUGAUGAAUGAAAUGGUUGCUGGCGGUUAUUUUCCUAUUGUGUCAACAUUCAAUGCUUUAAUUACUGGGCUAUGUAGGCAAGGCAAAUUUGGGAGUGCGUCAAAACUCCUGGAGGACAUGGUUGGAAGAGGUUGCGUGCCUAAUUUUGAAAGUUAUGGUCCUUUGAUCAAUGCACGUAGUUGGAAUGGGGAUUUGCAAAAUGCUUCGAUACUAUUUCUCCAAAUGGUGGAAAAAGGUAUUAUUCCUAAUUUCGAUACAUGGAGCUCAUUGAUUUUAUGUCUUAGUCAAGAAACUAAAAGGUUGGAAGGCAAGGAUAUAUUUCGUGUAAAUAACCAAUUACAGUGGAUUCUUGAGACUUGA